AUGAAGCCCUUCGCCAAUGGCGAUCUGCUCAAAAGCCCCACGCUGAUUAAGAUCUCCUCCUUAGUUCUCGUCACCGUCACUUUCUUCUACUUGGGCAAGCACUGGUCCGACGAUGGCUACCAGCAGCUCGUCUUCUUCUCCUCCUCCUCCUCCGCCUCGAUCCCGGAGGUCUCCAUCUCUCCGAACAGUAACAAGACCUUCAAUAUAUCGGCGAUAAUCCCUGCCAAUCAUACCGAGAUUGAAAUCCCCUCCCCAACACAGCAGAUUCCGCCGGCGGUGACGGAGACGGAGGUUGAUAAAGUGGAAGCUAAUCCUCCUCCACCUCCACCUCCUUCUCCUCCUCCUCCUCCUCCUUCACCACCUCCACCUGGUCCGGUUCGGAGCUUCGGGAUAAUAGAUGCGAACGGCGUGAUGUCUGACGAUUUCGAGGUGGGAGAGGUUGAGAACGACUCCGUUGAAGAUUGGGGGAACCAGACGGAGAUCGUUGAAGCGAAAAGGGACGGCGAUUUCAAGCCUAGGGUUAGAAUUAAGAAGUUUGGGAUGUGUCCUGAGAGCAUGAGAGAGUAUAUACCUUGUUUGGAUAACACCGAUGCGAUUAAGAAGCUCAAAUCUACAGAACGAGGGGAAAAAUUCGAGCGCCAUUGCCCUGAGAAAGGUAAAGGCUUGAACUGCUUGGUUCCACCUCCUAAAGGUUACCGUCAGCCGAUUCCAUGGCCUAAAAGCCGUGACGAGAACUGGAUUUCACGAGACCCACGAGACAAGAGCAAGUUCAAGUUUCCGGGUGGCGGUACACAGUUUAUUCAUGGUGCUGAUCAGUACUUGGACCAGAUCUCUAAGAUGGUUUCUGAUAUCACAUUUGGAAAGCGUAUUCGCGUUGCUAUGGAUGUUGGUUGUGGUGUGGCGAGUUUUGGCGCUUAUCUGUUGACACGCGAUGUUUUGACAAUGUCUGUUGCACCAAAAGAUGUCCACGAGAACCAAAUUCAGUUUGCUCUUGAGCGUGGUGUGCCUGCUAUGGCGGCGGCAUUUGCUACAAGGCGUUUGUUGUAUCCAAGCCAAGCUUUUGAUCUUAUUCAUUGUUCAAGAUGUAGAAUCAACUGGACUCGUGAUGAUGGAAUUUUACUCCUUGAGAUCAAUAGAAUGCUGCGCGCUGGAGGAUAUUUUGCUUGGGCUGCACAGCCUGUUUAUAAGCAUGAAGCCGCUUUGGAAGAACAGUGGACAGAGAUGCUGAAUCUUACUAAUAGCCUUUGCUGGAAGCUGAUAAAGAAGGAAGGAUACAUUGCAGUCUGGCAGAAGCCUCUCAACAACAACUGUUAUCUGAGUCGUGAGGCUGGAACCAAACCUCCUCUUUGCGAUGAGUCUGAUGACCCCGAUAAUGUUUGGUACACAAACCUGAAACCUUGUAUCAGUCGCAUACCUGAGAAUGGAUAUGGAGGCAAUGUUACUUCAUGGCCCGCCCGUCUCCACACUCCACCUGAUAGGCUGCAGACGAUAAAAUUUGAUUCCUACAUUGCUAGGAAAGAGCUAUUCAAGGCAGAAUCAAAAUUCUGGAAUGAAAUAAUUGGGGGUUAUGUCCGUGCCUUAAAAUGGAGAAAGAUGAAACUAAGAAACGUCUUGGACAUGAGAGCAGGCUUUGGCGGAUUUGCAGCUGCACUAAAUGAUCAUAAACUCGAUUGCUGGGUUCUGAGUGUGGUUCCUGUAAGCGGGCCUAACACACUGCCUGUCAUUUAUGAUCGCGGACUAUUAGGAGUGAUGCACGAUUGGUGUGAACCAUUUGAUACAUACCCGAGGACAUAUGACUUCUUACAUGCCUCGGGACUCUUCUCAAUCGAGAGAAAAAGAUGUGAGAUGUCAACCAUAUUGUUAGAGAUGGACCGGAUAUUGAGACCCGGAGGACGAGCAUACAUUAGGGAUUCAAUCGAUGUUAUGGAAGAAAUUCAAGAGAUCACAAAGGCUAUGGGUUGGCAUACGUCUCUGCGUGACACAUCCGAGGGUCCUCACGCAAGUUACAGGAUUCUAACAUGCGAGAAGCGUCUCCUUCGAGCUUAA